AUUCAUGGUAUACUUCAACCAUUAAUUUCCAACUCGAGUUGUUUUUCUCCUAAAUACUUUUAUUCUUAUCCUUGUUUCAUUUAAGUUUUAAGGCACAAUUACCUUAUAUCCAACAAUUUCAUAUAUGCAGGAACUCUCUAAUGGACAUCAUAAAACCAGUCAUAGAUAUUGUGAAGGAUGUUGUACCUAUAGUUAAGAAAUAUGUCAAGUAUCAGAUAUGUCAGAAUGAUUAUGUCAAUGAAUUCAAAGAAAUGCAAACAAAGCUGGAGCGCCGACGGAAAGAUGUUGCGGACGAACUACUUACUCAGCUGAUACAGCCUGGAAAGAUUGCAAAGCAGGAAGUUGAAGCUUGGCUAAAGGAAGCAGACCAAGAAGCUGUAGAAAAAGUGAUUGAAGAUCUAAUAUGCAAAGGGGGUUGUUUCACAUAUAUUUGCUCCUCAAGAAAGGUUGAUAAAAGAACUCAGUCAUUGAAUGAAGGAAUAUUUAAGCAAGGAGAAAAAUACACAAAUGCUGGUGAGAGUUUGGUUGUAGAUGAUCACUUAAUCGAGUAUUGUCCAACUAUAUUCAAAGAAAAGCAAGAGAGGCUAAAGCACCAAAAGGAACACAUUGAAGCAAAUUUGAAGACUCAGCGUAUGCAACCUGGAAAGAUUGUAAGGAAGGAAGUUGAAGAGUGGCUGGAGAAAGCAGGUCAACAGAUUGCCAUAAAGGUUGAAGGUCUGAUCAACCAAGGGGAAUGUUCCUCAUCAACCAACCUCAAGAAAAACAUUGAAGAAUUGAAGCAAAUGCUUGAGGAAGCAAAAGAAUUCACUAAUGCUGGUGUGAUUUUGGUCGUAGAUGAUCACUCAAUCAAAGGAGUUCCACUAACCAUUGAAGAAUGUAGUGGCAGGGAUGAUGUACAAGAACAAAUUCUGGAAUGGUUGAAGGGAGACAAGGUUACAAGAAUUGCAGUUCGGGGGAUGGGUGGUGUGGGCAAGACAACAAUUAUGAAGCAAGUCCACAACCAACUGUUGAAAGAAUCCAAAUUUCACAAAGUUAUUUGGGUAAAAGUGUCAAAAGACUUUGACAUUAUUGUCCAGCAAAAAAUGAAGUUUGAUAUUCUCGGGUUUCAGAAAAGGAUUGUGAGUAGCAUUGAGCCACCAUUGGAGCUAAAGGAUCAUGAUAAUGAAACCAAGAUUGCAGGAUUGAUUUCACAAAGGUUGGGGCAAGGCAGCUUCAUGCUAAUUCUGGAUGAUGUGUGGGAGCCUUUCUCUCUAGAAGAUGUUGGAAUUCCUAAUCUAGUUGGGAAUAGUGGUUGCAAGUUAGUGCUCACGACACAGUCAAAAGAGGUUGCUCGUGCAAUGGAGUGUGAGGUGAUCUCUGUGAAUCCUCUUCCACCUAAGAAGCAUUAGCAUUAUUUUUGAAGAAAGUUGGAAGCACAGUGUUGUUAGAUGGCAGAAUUAAAGGAGAUAUAAAGCCGUCUUUGGAGCAAAAUUUACAGAAAUGUGACGGAGUACCCCUUGCUAUUGUCACAGUGGCAAGAUCAAUGAGAGGGAAAUUACUUCCUCAUCAUUGGAAGUUGGCACUUUCUGAAUUUAGUAAAUUUGAAAGCAUUAU